AGCUCGCCUUCUUCCUCCUCCUCCUUGUCAAUGUCACCACCCACCCAUAGCUCACAAGUCCCAAAGUUUUUGUACCACCUCGGAAUCCUAGCUCAAAGCUAGGGCUAAGCUAAGCUAAGCUGUGUGCCUCGCUGCGCCAUGUCAACGGCGGCGAGCAGAGCGCGGCGGGGCGGCGGCGGUGGUGGCGGGAGGCAUUUUCCGGUGGGCGGCGGGCGGUGGCGCCACGUGCCGGUGGUUGACACCGGCUGCGGCUGCCGGCCUCGCCGGCCGAGGCAGCUGCUGAUGAGCCUCCCGUCGUUUCUCCGGCCGUCGGCCCUGAAGCCGCCGGUGCCGAGGAGCACGAGCUCGCACUCCUCCUCCUUCUUCCCCUCGUCGGCGUCCACCGCGUCGUUCUCGUCGUCCUCCGCCGCCACCUACACCACCACGUACUCCUCCUCCUCCGCCACCAACCAGUACCCGUACUACGGGAAGGCGGCGGCGGCGGCGGCGGCGCCGGUGACGGUGACGACGAACAACCACGGGAAGUCGUCGUCGUCGUCGUCGUCGUCGUCGGCGGCGGCGGCGGCGAGGAGGAGGCCGAGCAGGAAGAAGAGGUACGAGAAGAUGGCGGCGGCGGAGGAGGAGGAGGACGUCGGGGUGGCGGUGGAGAAGGAGUCGUCGGACCCGCGCGCCGACUUCCGGGAGAGCAUGGUGCAGAUGGUGGUGGAGAUGGGGCUGUGCGGGUGGGACGACCUCCGCUGCAUGCUCCGCCGCCUCCUCGCCCUCAACGCGCCGCGCCACCACGCCGCCAUCCUCACCGCCUUCGCCGAGGUCUGCGCCCAGCUCGCCGCGCCGCCGGCUCCCGCUCCUCCUCCGCCGCCGCAGCCGACGGCGGCGUACCACUACCACUACUACCACUACUGAAGCGCCACGUGUACGGCCCUGGAGUUGCGGCGCACGAAUCUCGAGAUCCUGGCACCACCUGGUGUACGUUGUCCACGCGAGGUUACCGGGUGGUGAUAGGAUCUCGAUGGAAAAAAAAAAUAACUUAGCUAGCUAAAUGAAGAUUAAUUAGAGCUACUAGCUAGCUUAGUUUAGUUCUUGCAGUUGAAGGGUUAAUUAAUUGCUAAUAAUCUCUCUGUUUUUUUUCUUUGUUCUUGCUGUAGUUGCUAGCUAGCUUAAUUUGGUCGUUAGCUAGUGUGCUAGUAGCUUUUAGUGUGCUCUUGAUGAUUUUUAGUGUGUUUGUGGGGCAUGCAUGUUGUACUCUGGCCCUUUGGUUUUGCAUGAAGGUCUAGAAGAUGUAUGUCUAGUCAUUAAAAGUACUAGAAGUAGAUCGAUCUAGCUGUUAAUUUCAUGGCAAUGGAACUAAUGUUUAGCCAGCUAGUAGCAUGAUUGUACUAGCUAGUGUUGUGAUGGGCUCAAAGUUUAAACCUCCUUAACUGUGUGCUCAUGCAUGGUACAUUAAUUGAUACCAUGAUAUGAUGCUGAAAUGGGGGUAAGCAUUAUUGCAUCUUCAGUACCAUCCUUUCA